AUGAUACCCGGGACGCGAGGCUUCUCCUUCUCUUCGCGCCGUGCGGAGAUUCGAAACAUUGACAUCCUCCCCCCACGGUUGAUCCCCCGAUAUCAAGAAUCCCAAGUGGGUGAUCUACUUUCCCUACAAUGGCCGGCGCCCCCGCGCAACAUCCUCGUCGUGAAAAAGGACCAUUCCGCCGCCGUUACUGCAUCACUUGUUGAGUUUGCCAAUCACGCGACGUCGACCUAUCCGUCCACCGCGAUUAUCCUAGAGCCCAGCGUCGCCGAGGAAGUGCAUUCGUCGCUUCAAUCGCCCGUAUACUCCGCCACGUUGGAUCGACUACGGCCGGCCCUGCACGACAAGGUGGAUCUCACCGUUACUCUUGGGGGCGAUGGAACCAUCCUACAUGCCUCGUCACUGUUUGCCACAUGCUGCAACGUCCCCCCCGUGUUGUCGUUCAGCAUGGGGACCCUGGGCUUUCUGAGCGAAUGGAAGCUGGCCGAGUACAAGCGCGCAUUCCGCGAGGUGUAUAUGUCGGGGGCGGGGGUCGGGGAUCGCGCGAGCGUGCUGGGUGAUCCCAAGCCGGGAUCUGAGGAUGAGUCGCCUGAACUCGGCGCAGGGCCUACGGGAUGGUCGUCCGUGCGGGGCAAGUCCAUGGGCUUGACGCGUGGGGCCCGGAUCUUGAUGCGCAACCGACUGAAGGUUGGACUUUUCACCGCAGACGGAAGCCCCGUUCCACGGGAAGCGAAAUCGGUUUCCAUGCCGAACACCUUGGACGGGCAGGGGAUGUAUGUGAUGAACGAGGUGCUUCUGCAUCGGGGGAAGGAACCCCAUCUGGCCGUGUUGGACGUCUAUGUUGGAGGCCGGUUCCUGACGGAGGCGGUAGCCGAUGGAAUCAUCAUAUCAACACCGACAGGUAGUACGGCAUACAGCCUGAGUAGUGGUGGCAGCAUUGUGCACCCCCUCGUGCCUGCGGUCCUGCUCACGCCGAUCUGUGCGCGAAGCCUGAGCUUCCGGCCUCUGGUGCUGCCGUCCAGCACCCCGAUCACCCUCCGACUCAGCGCGAAAAACCGGAGCCGGGAGCUGGAGGUCAGCAUUGACGGGGUGAACAUCGGGCAGGGACUGACGGCGGGCAUGGAGGCGCGGGUAUGGGAUGAGGAGAUGCGGCAUGGUAAGAAUGAAUGGCAAGGGGGGGUACCGUGUGUGAUGCGACGGAUCACCGGAGGAGAGGCGCAUGAUGGAUGGGUGGGAGGUCUGAAUGGAUUGCUGAAGUUCAACCACCCGUUUGGAGAGGAGCGUUGA